AAAUUAUAUAUCACACAAUGGCUGAAGGAAGAGAGAACUGGGCUGUAGAUGAAUUAUUAAAGGCUGAAGAUGAAGCAAAUAAUAUUAUUAAGGCAGCUUAAAAGGAAAGAGAAAAAAAAAUAAAGGAAGCCAAAGUGGCAGCUGAUUAAGAAAUUGCAGUCUUUCGUAGAGAAGAAGAAACAAGAUAUAAUUAAGAAAUUUUGAGAGUAAUAAUAAAUAUUAAUUAAAGCGUUUUGGAUCAACAAAAGAGGAAGAAGAAUUAGAAAGAAGAACAAAAGCAGAAAUAGAUAAGAUUUAUGCAGAUUAUGAAGCCAAUAAAUUAGCAGUUGUUGAUAUGUUGAUUAAAAGAGUAAUUGAAGUGAAAUUGGAAGUUCCAAGAGUAGUAAAAGGAUAAUUUGAAUAAGCAUAACAAAAUUUCUGAGAUAAGAUGAUGAAUUCAUAUAAUUAUAAA